AGUUAACAAACAUGCCAGACUUGCCAGUUGUCUAGGUCUCGUCCCCCUCUCAACUGUCUUCAACCACCAUCUGGAUCACUUCUCUCUCUCUCUCUCUCUCCUCCCCUCUUUCUCUAAAACCUAAAAAAACCCCACCUCUCAUCGUAUCUAUCGCCCCACCUAUAUAAUCACACACUCUAUAAUCACCUCUCCCUAUCAUUUCUUUGACUUCCUCACUCGAUCUCUCCGCCCUCUAGCAAAUUCCUCUCCUACAAACCAGGAUUCUCCCCCCCAAGAUCAGACCCGUCGCAGCGCAAUCCCGUCGAUCGUCGCCCAUGGCCUCUUUCACCGUUCCCUGCCCUAAAACCUCCGCCCUCCUCGCCGCCCCGCGCCCCGCCCAGAAGCAACAGCCCCAGCAAUGCGCGGUCGCGUUCAAGCCGACCUCGAUCGCUGGAUCUUCCCUCAGGUUUCAGGGGUCUAGGCACAAGCAAUCUGGUGCUUUCAAGGUGUCUGCCCAACUUAACGAGGUUGCUAUCAAGGAAUCCUCAAAUUGUGCACCUGUUCCUGAGACAAAGACAGAGGAAUCUACUGCUGAAAAUAUUGUUCCAGAUGCAUCAUCCAUUACAGCAUUUAUGACCCAAGUGCAAGACAUUGUUGAGCUUGUAGAUUCGAGAGACAUUGUGGAGCUGCAUCUAAAGCAGCAGGGUUGUGAACUCAUCAUAAGAAAAAAAGAAGCUUUGCAACAGCAAGCUGCUCCAGCUCCUACGGUUAUGAUGCAAUCAUCUGCUCCCCAAGCUAUGUGGCCAUUUCAAAUGCCUCCAGCACCGGUCAGUGCUCCAGCUUCUGCCGCUCCAGUUUCUGCAGCUCCUGCUCCCUCACCUCCAGUUUCAGCACAGGCACUGCCUAGCCCUGCAAAGCCAAAAUCGUCCCAUCCUCCUAUGAAAUGCCCAAUGGCUGGAACAUUAUAUCGUUGUCCUGCUCCGGGAGCUCCUCCUUUUGUGAAGGAAGGAGAUGUGGUCCAGAAAGGCCAGGUUCUUUGCAUCGUUGAGGCCAUGAAAUUGAUGAAUGAGAUUGAAUCUGAUCGAUCUGGAACUAUAGUCGAAGUACUUGCAAGUGAUGGGAAACCAGUUAGUGUUGACACGCCCCUUUUUGUCAUUGCGCCAUGAUGAAUAAAGUAAUUAUCUUCUGUUAUCAUUACUCCGUGAAAGCAUAUUAAGAGUAUAAGCUUAGAGUUAAGUUUAUUUCUGUACUUCUCGGUUGGAGCCCUAGUCCAUUUGUCUUUUCAAACUCGGCAUGUAUUGUUACUUGAUCUCAUAAAUUUUGAACCAAGGGAGUUAUUUAUAUGAAUGCGAAUGUCAUUUCUGUGUGGAUUUUGCAA